UGCGUGUGUGUGGUUGGAGGAUGUGUUUGUGCGUGCGUGUGCGCGCGCGCACAUUUUUCUUGUAAAACAAAGGGGGGGCUAGCAAAAAACAUUUGGGAACCACUGAGCUAAAGUGUCCCAUUAAACCAUGGCAGCAUGCACAAUGUCAGGACCCUGAGGCUAAAGCAGCUAAAUGGUAUUCAGGCAUCGUUUGAUUUAUUUAUGUGCUUUUCCCUUUGUGACAAGUCAAAAUGUCUCAAAAAGCUAAAGAGCAGCUGCUCUCUCAGACAAUAAGAGUAAGAACAGAGAGUAGAAAGCACUGGUUUUCUAAUUUAGAGCUGAGGUGCACAGUUCCCGUGCACAACCGCCUCUGACCUAAAAACCUGCUGGAAAAUAAGAAAUCACUUGUGAAAGAUCAGACGCAGUUUCAACAUUGAGUGUCCUCUGCAUCAGUGCACCUGGUGCUUUAACACAUGACUCUGGUGCAUUCCUCAGGGUUUGCUGUAAAUAUUCUUGCAUUCCUUGUUUGAGCUUUAUUUAGUUUACACCAAAUUGUUGUCAAACAUAAUCUUAAAGACUGUUUUUCCUUCAACAUAAGAAAUACAUUUUCUGGUGGCAUCUCCUUUGAGCCUUCUCUUUUGCUGAAAAAAAUAAAGUAAUCCUCAGUUUAGUCAUUAUUGUAAGGUCACAGUCUUAAUUUUAAAGAUUUUUUUGAAAGGGGUGUGAUGUUUGCUUGUUUGUUUGUUUGUUUGUUUGUUUGUUUGUUUUACUUCACAAUAUUUGUUGAAUAGCUGAAAAGUUUUAAAUUCAAAGAUUUGUCACAAUAUUUAACACUGAGACUUAGAGCCUGUAUUAUUAGAAAACAUUCAGUGCAUGGGAUUGAAAAAAGUGGCGUUUUAAAAGGACAAAAUCAGGACAAGUGUCUAUUGUAGUUCUGCGUAAACAAGAAUUCAGGAAGGGACUGCAGGUAUAAUCUGACUUCACUGCCAGGUCCAGUAAAAGUUAGCGCCCUGCUGGUUUUAUCUUAUCGUGGUUGGAUAGUUAACACAUAUGAAUGAGAAAACAAUAUUUAUGCAGUCACUGAUCAAAAGGACUAGUUUGACUUCAUCCAAAUUAUUAUCACUAUUAUCAUUUUGGUAAAUAAAACUAAAAUAUAAAAAAUGUUUUUAGAGCUAUUAAGGGAUCGGGGUAGAUUAGAUAAUAUAAGAAGUAAGUUAUUGAGUUGCACAUUUUUAGCUCGUUUGUCUGUUUUGCAAUCAGGGUAAAAAAAAAUCAGUUUGCAGUCAGGAAAUAGAUUUGAGAGCAAAGUUACAGAUGGGACUAAAGAAAAUGAUUUUUUUUUUUAAUCCUUUUGUAAAUGUUUAACUUUAGAUUGACAUUUUGAUUUUAAUUAAAAACUAGCUGAAAAGAGCCUGUAUUCACUGUAUAAGCGGUGUCUAUUUUAAUAUUGUUAUUAUUAACUGUCUGCGCAUAAGCACGUUAGCAUAUUCUCCAAAAUGGCAAAUAAUGUGCAAUAAAUUAGCCUUUCUUCAUUUCCUUGUUUUGGGUGGUGUUUGCCUUUUUGCUAUUUCUAAUUUAAUGAAAACUCAAAAGUCAACUCUGGGUGGUUAACAUGUGAAGCAGAAUCAAUAUAAAGGUCAAUCCAUUAGAAAAUCACAAAGUUUAAAAUAAGAGACGCACACACAGGUUCUGGUGUGAGUGCGUCGAGUCUGCCUCUGUGCAGCUACAGCUGUGAGCAGUUGUAGUGGAUACGAUGAGGGGAGGGCGUGUGUGAAGGAUUUCUUGUUUGUAGACCACAAGGAAUACUCUGCAAGCAGGAGACAUCAGUUUUGCCAGCGGCACAGCAGAGCAGGAGGAAGCCUGCUUGAUCAUCCCAUCUAUGCCAUGUGAUUUUCCUUACAUCGACCCAGGGAAGAGUUCAGGCUUAAAAAGCUUAAGUGUGAAAGGCAGAUUUACAUGAAGAAGCAAGGAAAAGGAAACACUGCCAGCAUCCCCAUUUCUUCCCCAAAAGGGAGCAGCAGUGUGCAGGUCUACCAUGACUAUGAGAAGGUGGCCUUCAAGAUGCAUUCUGGAAAUGGUCAUGCUGCAGAAAACAGUUCUCAUCCCAGGAGAGACCAGCUCUCCAGCCGAGCUAGUGCCAACGUUCCAGACAUCAACUCCAUCAGCCACGAAGAAAAGCGCAGCACGAAAGACGAGAUUGGCCACAGGAGCUUCAUAAGGACAAUGGAGUCAAGCAGCCAGGGCUACUCGGGGCCAGAAGACAACUCAACAGACCCACAUGAGACCCUGACAGAGACUUCAACUCUGACUUUUGUGGAUGGACGCAGUACGGAGGAGUCAGCAGAGAGCCGCAGUCUCCACGGAGUGGGGAUGGUUUAUCUCAAGGAGUUUGUGCUCAUAGAUGAUGAUGAAGACGGGGACAUGUCGCUAAGAGAGAAAACAGUGACAGACGUGUCCUUGAUGGAUGGAAAAGCUGCAGACCUGGUGUGCAGCAGGCUUUUGUCCACCUCCAGCGGUUCAGUGUCAGAGUACAAGGAAACAUCUGCUCCUGACGCGCCUCCUCCUGAGGAGCCUGAAGCUGCACAUGAAAAGAAAAGCUGCUGUUUGUGCACACUUUUAUGACCCUUCA